GGAGACGGUCAACAAGAACAACACACAUCAACAACGACGAAGACGAAGACAAAGACGAAGGACGACGACGAGAACGCUGGUUUCAAGUAACGAAACACAUAACUACAACGAACGAGCUCGCAGGAAGAUGGAUCGAAGCAAGUCUCGUUCGAUCUCACCUUUUGGCAGUAACAGCCCAUCCAAGUCAAAACCAUUCCACACUCAGACCAUUCUCUCCAAGUCAGCCGGCGUACCUAGCAGUGGCGCAUUUGCCCACCUCCCAGAAAGACCCACAGGAGACUCAGCAACGGACUUCACACCAGCUCAAAAACUACCACAUUCCUCUCAGGACUCAGGCUCCAAUCUAUCGGACUAUCCUCAACCAAUCGCCUCAUCGACCGCCUCUUCUCCAUCUAAGAAGUUUCCAAUCAAAUCUAGUCCCAAGAACAACAACAACAGCAACAUCAACUCACUUAAGCCUCAUCAUCAUUCCCCCGCCCCUAAGUCUCGUCCCACCUCAUCAUCCUCCAGAUUCUCUCGUCAGAACGCCAGAGAGGCUGAUGUGCUUGGCAAGAUCUUGGGCUGGCGACAAUCUAAAACAUUGAGGGCAUCCAAUUCAUUCAAAUCAUCUCCCCUUCAUCAAACCAACAAACACCCUCACUCCUCUUCCAAGCACCUCAUCAGAUCAACUCCUCCACAAGAACUGCCCGAAAUCUUUCGUCCAUCCAACACCCACGCUCUCUCUUCAGCAUUGAACACAUCUCAAGAUUCAACAUCGGAGAAACCGUCGUCGGGCGAUGUCACCCAACCCCACGAUUUUCUGACCGAUACUAAUUAUCAAACUGCCUCCAGACCUUAUUUUCAUCAACAAUCCUCCUCUGACCUAACCUCUUCAACUCAUGCUUCGUCUAACCUUUCCUCUUCAGUCACUCAUGCCAAUUCCUCUCAAACUUCAUUCAACCAACCCUCCCCAUCUCCUACCCAACCCGUUCAACUGCAGCCCAACCCUGAUGGCCUUCCUCGGCAUUCUCAACACCAAUCAUCCGGUGAGAGUAAGCUAACUGUCCUACGACGUCCAAUCCUCAAGAAAAGCUUUAGCUCUGGCCAACUCAACCAUCAUUUCAACUCCUCUCAUGACCCUUCUAAACCUACCUCACAACCUUCAUCUUUCUCUCGCCUUUCUCAAUCCACCGAACUAUCAUCACGCGACCCCCACCCAUGUCUUUCCGGACUAUCCAUCAAUCCCCCAGAAGCUCUGGAUCCGCCCAUUUCAUUUGCCAGCCCCCAUGGGAUCGAGGGGUUAUCCUCAGCAUCACUCAGCCAACUCAACAAGCCGCGUUACAUAUCCCAGUACUCCCAUCAAAGGCUUUCUCUACCUGCUAUGCACGCCAUCCUCGACGCUAAUUCAUCCCUUGCUCAAACCAUUCAACUCGAUCAGGCCUGCUCAGAUGACAGCGAUCAUUCGGUUCAACCCAUCGGCACCCUGCUCAAACAUCCCACCAUGCAUGGCGUCGCUUCAAACGAAUCUAUUCGGACUGCCAAGCCCAGCACGGAGUUCAACUCUCUCAAGUCGCUCUCCGGAUUUCUUCCUCUUGCUGAUCAUCAACCCUCACCUGGAGCCGACCACCAUGACAAUAACAUACCGUCUUCCGACCACCAUGGGCUACGGUCUUCUGACCUGCAGGAUUCUACGUCAUCUGCUCGUCCCCGUCGAUUUCAGAACCCAAGGGUUUUUGAUAUUUUUACUCAUACCCAUCGCCGAGACCCCGUCGAUCUCAUGCGUCGACUUCUAUCUCCUGAGCUUACCGGGUCGUCUACCCCAUCUGAAACUUCCUCGAACCCGUCCCAUUCUCAAUCUCUGGGUGUUUCUAUCAAUUCUUCUCUGAACUCCUCCAAUCUGCUCGGCAGUUUUGCUAAUUUCAAUUCACCUUUCAACAAGGAUCCAAGAUUUGUUAUCUGGGCCGAGAGCCCGUCCAGUGCGCCCCGUCAGCAAUCACCAGCAAACGUGUACCCAGCAUCCCGAAAGCGUUCUUCGGCAACCGUUGAAACUCGUCAUUACCCUCAUCAUCCCGCCUCUGCUAGCACUUCCAAUCUCGGGAUUGAUCAUUCCACGGGCCGCUUAACACACGCCCUUAAUCCAACUUCGGUCGCUUUCACCUCACCAUCCAGUCCGAGCAUUCCCAAAAGAUGGAGUCGAUCCGCAAGAACUCCGACCAGCCAUCACUCCAACAUUGACUCACUCUCAAAUUCGUCCCCUAAUCUAUUGACAGAUGUUCGUCAUCCUCACGAUGACAGCGGCCACCGAAGAUCUCGAGAGGAGCUUUCUCAACUUCAUUCGACCAUCUCCCACGGCGAAGAACAUACCCCGAAACUCGGUAAUGAUCGGAUUCUCAUGGCGGCCACAAUUGAGCGUUGGGUUGCCGAACUGACGACCCACAUUGACUCUCUGGGUCUGGUAGAAUUUUUCUACACUUACCGGGCAAUCAUCAAACCGACGGAACUCGCACAAUUACUUGCUUCCAGAUUCGAAUGGUCGAUCAUGUUCAGAAGUUUAAGUUAUGCAAAAACUCUUCCCGAUUGGAACUUGCACAGUGUCUUGGUUGAUCCUAACUUGGAGAAGGGGAUCCUGGGCCUCGACGGGAGACUGAUCUCAGUAGAUCUCCAGGGUGAAACACUCAGAAGGGUGGCCAAAGUUAGGACUUUUGUGAUGAUCCGUCACUGGCUCCUUCAUCACUUUGAGGAUGAUUUCUUAACCGACGUUUCUCUACAAACUGAACUACACAACUGGGUCGAAAAUCUGAUUGAAAAGAUUAAGCGCGUUCAACGUAUCAUCAGUCGGCUCGAUAAUCGUACUCCUUCGGAUGCCGAGGAGUCUAACCACCAUCACCCCACAACACCAUCACCAUUUAGUGGAGAGGACGACUUGAGGAUCUUAAAGAGUCUGAGGAAAGUUUUGAAAGAGCUCCAAUUAACUCAUCAUCAAUCGUUUAACGUGGCUGUUCGACCUGGUUCCACCCCCAUUGAUCAACUGGAUGACGACGAUAAACAAGGCCGUUUGAAUCGUAAAUCAACCAAAGUGGAUGUCAGAGACUUGUUUGCGGAGUCAGACAAACGGAAUGACCAGACUUCAGCCAGACGUAAUCGCAGAUCACACACCGCUGAUCUCACUGAUCUUCAACGCUCUUCACCCAAAGUCGAUAUUGGUCACGGAAGAGCUCACUCGAUUAACACUUUGGUGCAAGUUCGCGCGUCUAACUUUGCCCGAAGCGAUCUGAGACUCUGUGAGGCUGAUCACAACGCGACCAACUCACCGGAGGUAUUACAAGAAGAGGAGAACCCUCGAGCCUCGACUGAAGACGUGGACUUGUCGAAGUCUGACGAAAAACUGAUUUUGAAACUCAAACAAGUCUUUCAAUUUGACACUAGACGAGCUCGUGAAGGUGUCUAUCAUCAGAUUAUCUCGAAGGAGAUUGAUUCAGAUCCAUCCCGCCACUCCCUUCACCAAGCAAACAUCACAUUACCAAAACAGCAUCCGCAUCAAAUGAUGAUUUCUCGUAUGAGACCCCCCGAGAGCACAUCAGACUUACCUAAGUCACAUAAUGCUGCCCAACCCAGGCUGAAUCUUUCUAAUCACACACCCGCUCCGUUCAAUCAGGGGAGUUUAACCUUCCCGCAACACCACAAUCCUUUUCAGCGUUAUUUUACCUCUACCAUGGGCACGUUUGGCCGAUUCAAGCGGAUGAUCAAUAAUCGUUCUGGUCCGCAUUUGGCCUCCAAUGCGGCUAUUACCAGCAAUCAUUACACUGGAGUAGCUUCUGGAGUUGAUUCGUUCUCCUCUUCCCUAACCAGAGAAACUGGCUCCCAACAGGAUCCACAACAAAACGAGGUUGGCGAUCUCUUAUGUGCCAAAGGUGGCUUGGAGAGGUACCUAAACUUCUUCGAGAUCCAGAAAGAUUCUUCGAUCAGUUCCUACCAGGAAAAUCUCACCAAAGAGCCCAUCCAGGUGGAUUGCAAUGGUCUGUCGAAGCCUAAAGAGCCCGCCAACACCGAUUCGGGACCCGAAAGCAUGGUCGAAGUAGACCAAUCAUCGGGCUCCCCUGUGGUCCAAUACGACGAUUGUUCCGAAAGUCAAUUGUCUUUGUCGUCCUCAUUGUCCAAUACCACUUGUUCAACCCAGUCAAUGCAUUCUGAAUCUGGAGGGGAGCCCAAGACCGAAGCUUCUACUGCUGAUCUCGUCGUGGUGUCACCCGACGUAUCCGGAGAACAGCACAUGAUCACCAAAUCUACCCCUGCCCGCGAUGAACAUCUGUUGCACGGAUCGAUGAGUACUGAGACCAUCAAAUCUGAAGCUCAUCAUCUCGCUCUUGCCGGUGGAGGAAUGGACCUUCUCAAGAAGCAGUUGAGGAAGAAGUUCACAAACAAGGAUAUGUGUCCGGUCCUCAUGCGGGCCUCGAUGGAUGAAUCCUUUUCUGGCACUGUACCGGAGCAUUCAAACUCAUUCACCAGACACUCUGAGGACAGUCCACGACUAAACGCUUUUUCACUCAGUGUUUCUGCUCCAAAUGGAGAGAAAGACCUCAGUGAACGUCCGACGAGCGUCCAAUUAGAUGAUAUCGAUCUUCUUGACAGCGAUGAAGACUCCCCAGUUGGUGUACAAAAACUUAGACGAUUACCCGGAGCGGUUGACUUGAAGCAGGCCAUUGCUUUUGGUCGGAAGUCACUAUUCAAUCUGAAAGGUGGUUUAUUGAAAGGUAACGAUGAUCGCUCAAAAAGGUUUUCAACUGAGACGAGUUCGUCGAUUGGCACCAGACGUGUCCCCUCGAUCGCAGCAUCGAUGUUCAGACGGAGCAAACUCUCUCACAGAUCUUCUAUCCCUAACAGCACUACACCUUCUCUUGCUCCAUCGGCUCAAGAGUCCAGCUUGAGCGAACAGAAUGAAGCUGACAGUGGGACGCCGGGGGUGGUUGCGAAUUUUGUUGCCGAUGGACUUGAAAGUGAUGAUGACGAGCCGGGAGAUGUUGAAGCAGCAUUGCGUCGACUGGAGGGAGUGAUCGAUGCCGACAGGGAGAAGGAGAAGGCCCGGAAGGUAGAAUUGCAAAUGAUCAAGUCGAUGGAAGCCUCUCGACGAACCAGAACGUUCUCUCAUCCUACCUCUGACGAUCGAUGUAGCUACAAUUCUCAGACUGAUGAGGCUGAUGAACUCGAAACAUGCUCUGAAUCUGCCGAAGAUGACGAAGCAUCAGAAGAGAGUGACGAGGAUGUGCUAGACGCUCAUAACAAUGAAGCCGAGGGUGAGGACGAGGACGAGCGAGAUGAACAGCAAGACCGGGAAGAACAGGUGGAACAUGAGGAUGGUGAAGAGGAUGACGUCAAUGAAGAGAAAGCAGUCCAGCUUCAGGAGUCAACGUGUAGUAGUGAACCCACCAGAAAAUCGAUGAGUAUAUUGCUCGAACGGUCUGCAUUGAAUUCACCAAUAGCCGAAGGAGAUGAAGAAGAGGCAGAUACUCAACCCAUCCCAGCACCUAAUCUCUCACCUACCAUGCCAGGGAGCAUUGAAUACUCCAACCCAUCCACUGCAAAUUUCGCAGAAGCAAGUUUGGCUUCAUCCAAACCACCCGUUUUGACCACUCAAAAUCAUGCACCGGCUUCCAAGCCAGGCAUAAGAUUUUUUACAGCACAUUCGAAGGGCACAUCGUUAGACGACAUCGGACUGGCGACUAAUCACUCGGAGGAUCAUGUCAAGACACUCAGAGGAAAUGGGAAGAGGCUCGCAACACGCAGCCAACAAGUGAUGACUCGCAAAAGUUCGCUGCACAAGUUGUUUUCAGCCAAUAAUAAUCCCCCCAAGUCAAGUAGUCAGCUCAAACCAAAGGGGAUCGCCAGCGGGUCGAUCCCACCACUCCCACCACCACCAUACAAUUCGACGACUGGUAAACCGGCGAUUAUCCACAGUUUACCGCUACCGCCAGUUCAUCGUUCCUUCUUAUUAGAUUGUCGGACCGAAAUCCUUGCCCAACAGUUCUGUUUGAUCGAGCGAGAUCUCUUGAGAAAUAUCACCUGGCAAGAACUCUUAUUAAGCAAAUGGCAAGAAGACCGAAGUAGUUCUCACCACCAUGGUUAUCUGAAUGGGGGGACUGGCCAAAGAGGGACGCGAAAGAAGAAGGGCGUACCCGCAGAGGAUUCUGUGACGUGUUGGGAGACGUUCAUGAAGCAAAGGGCCAAGGAGAAAAUGCGGAUCAAAGGCCGAAUCCAAAGCAACCAGAAUUUUGCCACCUCAUCUUCAAACCGCUUGAUGGACGUCCCUGCUCAAAAACUUGACGGGACUGAAAUUAACGCUCUCAUCAUGAGGUUCAACUUGACUUGUAACUGGGUCGCUUCGGAGUUGGUCCUCACUUUAAAUCUCGAUGAACGCGUCGCUCUCUUGGGUAAAUUCAUCAGAUUGGCAUUUAAAUGUUAUCGACAGAAUAACUUCCAAACCUUGACGCAAAUUAUCCAUGGCCUACAGACGCCGUAUGUGGAGAGGUUGAAGAAGACCUGGUCAAAGCUAGGGAUAUGGGAGUCGCGAAUGUUCCGAGACCUGAAGGAGUUCACGUCGCAUCUGUCUAACUUCAAGUCUUUGCGGAACGUCCAGGACAGUCUGAUCAACGACUCUCCCAGCACUCUUUCUUCUUCCAGUGCCACCCAAACGACUACUUCAACCUCCACUCAGCAUAGUAUUAAUUCCCCCAAUACUUCUGCUGGCAAUCUCCCUGGCAAUGUCUCGGCUCACUUCCUCCAUUCUUCCGAGGCCCCUGCAAGUUCCAACAUCCGCACCAGUCACAAUUAUAAUCGUUCCUCAAACUCGAACAACGCUUGCAUUCCAUUCUUGGGACUCUACUUACGAGAUCUAACGGUGAAUGAUGAGUUACCAACCUACUUAGAUCCGACUGAUCCCAGCAUCCCGGUCGAGAUUGACCCGAAGACGGGCAAGUUAAAGACGCUAUCGAACCCGAAAGUGUUUGAGGAUCUACCCAGACUACCAACGAUAGGAGAACCAGUCAAGUCUUCGAGCGAUGAACCUGAUCGACCGCUCCCCAAACAAGAGGAUGACGAUAUCGAUUCGACGGAACAUGGAUAUUACCCCUUGGUGAAUAUCAAUAAACUUAGGACUUACGCCAAAAUCAUCCUCAAAAUCAAGGAGUUUCAGACCCGUUCUAUCCGCAAUUACACCUUCGAAACAGAUUCCAAAUGGUUCCUCACUUGCUUGAAAAUCAAGUGUUUGAGCUCCGAACAACUCCGGCUGCUCUCCAAGACUUGCGAACCCUAAUUACAAAUUUCACGAAUCUCUCUCUCUUUCUUACUGCUUUACACUUAAUGUUUGUUUGUUUCGAAGUCAUUCACUCCAAUCUUUUCCUUUUCUCUUCUGUUUUUGAUUAGUCGGUUGAGUAUUUUGUUGUUGUUGUUGUCUAUAAUUACUUGAUUUUAAUCCUGAUGUCUCUAUAACCAACUCACCCUCUCAGUGUGUAUGUAUUUGUACUGUUUGACAUGUACAUCUCUUUCUCUCUUUCACCUUCACUCUCUUUCUCUUCCAACUAUAGACUUUCUCUUCAUUCCAUUCCAUUUUUGGUUUUGUUUUUGGUUUGUGCUUUUCUCUUCCCUUCCUUCUUUGCUCUUUUCUUUUGUCACAAACAUAAUACUUCAUUCCAAACACACAUACAUCAUCAUCAUCAACAACAACAACCAAAUUGCUAUAAUAUAAUACUCUUCCUUUAUUCAUGGUUUCUUGAAUCAGAUAUUUAUUUAUUCAAAAAAU